UUCACUGCGAACACCUCGCACAUGGACUAGCUUCACGUGAAAAGUAAAUUGGUCCUUUUUUUUCCUUCCUCGCAGGAUCAACAGUCGGUGAAAGUUAAACGUUGUAUUGCGUGCCAAUUGAGGGUAAUUUCUGGUAAAGGCACUAUACGUAUUAACGUGGAUAUACCUUCGGUAUGGACUUACUUCCCUUAACAGAACCGUCCCAAAGACCCCACGAAGUUAAAGUAAUUAAUUUCUGAGUUAAUUUUGUAUUUUGUUGUUUAGUGUGGAUUGGAGUUACGUGGCCAAGUGAUUAGGGAUAAAUAUGUAAUUUGAUGGGUGGCACACUCCGUGCUGGGAUAAGUUGAGUGAACCAUUUGUAGUGUCGUCGUGUAAGAAGAAAGUGCUGAAAAUCGAAGUUAAUUGUGUGGGGUAGAAGGUGUAAAGAGGAAAAAAAAACAAAUAAAAUUUCAAGGCAACAAAAAACCCAUCAUUUACAUUGAUUGUGUGCUGUGUUGAGAAAAUUAUAAAGCAUGUCUUCCAGUAGAGGAGGCCUGGUGGCAAAAGCGAGGGAGGCAUGACUAAAAGGCAGGAGGAAUAUUAGAUUGAUUGAAAGUAAAUUGAAAGUGGAAGGGAAAUAUGAGCCAUUUCUCACUCUAAACGCGUACGUGUGAAAAGAGAAAUAUAUGGGUGGUACUGUAUGCAUAUCCAAGCAGUAUCCUCAAACUCAUCCAUAUAGCAUUUACUAAAUUACUCACAUUUCCCCACUCUCCCAUCCACGUCUCGGUGGUGGCAGGUGAAUGUGGGAGGAAGUGUCGUGCAUGUGAUGUAAGUGGGUGGAAGGAAAACCAAAAGAAGUAAGGUGAUCCUGCCUGCGGGGCAAAUGCAAUCAUACAGGGUGGUUGGAGCAAGUUGGGAUUCCCUGAGUCAAUGUAAGCGAAAAAUGCAUUUAUUGCUUGCAUGAGGACAAAACCUUUUCAUCUCACUAUGAUGACAAAGGAAGUCGAUGAGCAGCACAAAAUUUCAGACGCACCUCAAGAAGACAGUGCCAGCGGUAGUGGAGUAAGAAGAGCACCAGAAAUUGAAGCUGAAUCUCUCGGUGCCCGAAGAAUCUUCAAGAAAACAUCACCAAAUGCCGUUCUGACACUCUACUUGGGAACAAGAGAGAUAAUCUCGAGACGUGGUGUCGUGGAGGCUCUACGAGGAGUUCUCUUUGUCGAUCCCAAGUACAUUGUAGGACAUAGACUGUUCAGCCAAUUAACUUUGACAUUCAGGUAUGGAAGAGAAGAUGAAGAGGUGAUGGGACUGAAAUUCUGCAAUGAGGCCGUAAUAGCACUUAAGCAGGUCUGGCCACAGCCAGAGGGUACUUCGGCGAAGAAGGAGGAAUUGACCCCACUUCAGACUGCACUCCUGGAGAGAUUGGGUGUGGGUGCUCAUGCUUUCAGUAUUCAAAUUGGUACCGUAGCACCGCCCAGUGUCCAAUUAAUCCCUGCCAAGCACUACAAUGGUGCACCGAUUGGUACGAGCUACGACAUCAGGGCCUACAUUGCGAAUCAGUCCGAUGAGAAGAUGCAAAAACGCUCAACAGUUAAAUUGGGAAUACGACUUAUACAUAAAAUUCCUGCAGAGAUUAGGUGUUGCCCCCAGGCGCCCCAAUCUCAAGCACCCUCAAUCCCAAAAUGCCUUCGGUUGCGCCUAUCACCGAAAGCUCUCAAGUUCUCCAAUAAACUCUGCGGCAGUGGCAGCACCAAAGCUCGCAUCGACACAGCCAAAGAGAAAGGCCCACCGCAUACAAGCUCCGACGCAGAAGUAUUUGAGGCCCCUCAGGGAUCUGUCGAUAAGCCAUUCCUGUGGGCGGAGGGUCGUGUAAGUCUAAAAGCGGCACUCAAUAAAUCAGCCUAUGGCCAUGACGAAGACAUAGCCGUGACCAUCGAUGUGCGUAACGACAGCCGAAAAAUUGUGAGGAAAAUUCGGAUAUUUGCAGUUCAGCACGUGGAUGUUUGUAUGUUUAGCAAUGGUAAGUUCAAGAAUGUCGUGGCUGAUGUUAGUCUGAACAACCAGCUUGGCCCUGGGGAAUUUCUGCACAACACCUACUUCCUGUUGCCAACGCGUGCCCCCACGAAGAAUUGGAUUGCUGUCGAGGGUGCUCUCUUCAACACAUCGACAGAUACGAAUUUGUGGGCUGAAAAUGCUAAGAUAGCCCCUAGUUCCCCUAUGGAGCUUCUUCCGCACGAAGAUCGCAAUGUCUUCGCCAUCUACGUGUCGUACUAUGUGAAAGUGAAGCUAACACUCAGCGGAAUGGGUGGUGAGGUGUGUCUCAAGUUGCCCUUUGUGCUGGGCUACGUUGACACGGAGAGCAAUAAUGAGGCCCAAACCACCCCACGUGCUAACCCCAAAGGGGUGGACUCCAUCGACCGACUCACCGAUGCUGCAGACGCAAUCUGUGAGGUGGAUGCUCUAUGCAAGAUUGACGAGAAAGCUCACGAUGUGGUAGUUGAGUCCGCACAAAAGGACUCAAAUGACACUCAAACGACGGAGGAUGAUGAUGAAAUAGGUGGGACGAAAGUCAAAAAUACCGUCACUGUACAAAUUCACACGCCAAAUACGCUCAUGCAAGCUGAUAUUUAGCCUGAAUCGUUUAGUACUCAUCCAACAAUGGAAUGAAUGUCGGGGAUGUAGCUCUGAUUAAAUGGACUUUAAUUGAAAUUUUCUUUUUUCUCCUUUCGUUACAACUUUUCCCCCAAUAUGAUACAAGGGUAAAGCUAUUCGAAGCACAAUGUGAUGCCAAAUCAUCAUUCAGUCGCAAUUUGAUCCUUUUAUCUCUCAUUUUCUGGUUUUUCUUGGUAUUUUCUCGGCGUAGAAAAUCUUUUUAGAAAAUUCCUCACAAUGCUGUCAAUCAUUAUUUUCCACAAUUUGAUUGAGGAAUUGAAAAUUGUUGUCCAGUGAUUAAAUUUUUGAAAAAUCAAUAUCAGUGUUAAAGUAAUACCAACAGGUCAAUAGCUAAAAUAUACUGAAAGAUUGAUUAAUGAAUUAUUAAAUGCGAACUGAAAUUCACGUGAAUUAAAAUUUUCUGCGGUUUUAAUGCUCUAUUUAACAUUGAAAAACAUUUAAAACUUUUUUUUAGUGAAAACAUUUCUGUGAUAUUUUUUGCAUAAUGAGCUCAUAAAAAUUAUGCUUCAUUACAAAAUAUUGAAAAUAUUAUAGAUUGUUUAAAUUUAGGAUCAGCCACUCACAUUUUAAAGGAUUAAAGAUGAAUUUGAUAUUAAACGAAAUAGACAAAAAAUUCUAAUAUCUUCGCAUCUUAAUAGUUUUCUCUAUUUUCUCCAAUCCGGUCUUUUCUUAACUUCAUUAAUUCUUUCAUUUUCAUAAAUUGCAACAAUACUUAUCAAGAAAACUUUUUUUUCAUUAAAAUUAAAAUAUCUAUUAGUAUGUUUAACAAUAUUUAUUGCUUAACUAUUAUUUUAAAGAAAAAAAAUUAAAGAAAAUAUUUUCAAACUGAUGUUGAAGUGAAAAAUUCUAGGAAAAUUCAUUACAGAAAUUGAAAAAUAAAUAGGUCAACAUUCUUUUCCACUUUGCAAAGGGAAAGAGGAAAGCGGUGUCAAAAAUUUCGAUACGUACUUCCCUAUUAGGGUAUAGAAUUUUCUAUUUUCCAAGAAAAAAAGCUUUCAAAUUGCGACUACAUUUCAUGUUAUUUAUGUUCAAAGUUACAAAAAAUAAUUUUUGAAACUUAAUUCGGAUGGAUGGAUAUUGUUUGUGUUUCAGUAAAAAACAUUAAAUCCUUUUAGGAAAAAUCAAUUUUCGUCUUAAAAAAAAAGUAUAUUUUAACAGAAGUUCUUCGGUUAAUUUUUCAAUUUUAUUACUAGCAUUGUGCAUUAUAUUCAUUAAAAAUAUAUUAGAAUUACUUUAGGGGACACUGGGGCAGAAAUGGGUCACGCAAAAUGAGGAAGUUUUAAGCUAGAUAAAAUUUCCCAACAAAUUUUGAUUCUGACCCAUUUCACCCCAUUUUGCCCCUAACGAAAAGCUCAUUUAGGUGUAAGCUUAACGUUUAGAUUAAAUGUUUCGUAGAUAAAAAUUAAAACAGUGAUGUAGAAGUGUCCGAUUUAAAUAAAAAAAAUUUACAUGGUAGGUUGACUUUUGAAAGAAAAAAAAAUGUGUAAUGCUGAAUUUAAUAAUUAAUUUUGUAAAUAAAUCACUAAGAAAAGAAGGAAGAAAAA